GAGGGGAAAGCAGGACGAGAGGAGGGUUGGAUCUCAGCUGUUUUCUGCCCCGCCGGCUUCUCCUCAGCGCGAACCGGGCGGGUGGCUCCCCCCGUCCCUUCGGGUGCCAGGAGGGCAGAGCGCCAUGCCUCUCUUCGGUAACACCUUCAGCCCCAAGAAAACGCCGCCGCGGAAAGCCGCCUCGCUCUCCAAUUUGCACUUGCUGGAUAGAUCCACCCGUGAGAUCGAGCUGGGCCUGGAGUAUGGCAGCCCCACCAUGAACCUUGCUGGCCAGAGCCUGAAGUUUGAAAAUGGCCAGUGGGUGGCAGAGUCAGGGAGCUUCACGGGAGAUCGCAGGGAAAUGCAGCGCUUGCGCAAACGAAACCAGCAGCUGGAGGAGGAGAACAACCUGCUUCGCUUGAAAGUGGAUAUUUUGCUGGACAUGCUCUCCGAGACCACGGCCGAGUCCCACCUGAUGGAGAAGGAGCUGGAGGAGCUGAAGACUCACAGCCGGAGGAGGAAGUGAAGGAGAGCUGGCUGGCGGAGGAGGGAGCGAGGAGGCUGGCCUAUUGAGUCCUCCUCGCCCCUGCGGGCAGGAUGCCUAGGACUGGCUUGGAAUUGUGUCGGUACUACAUACAGGGACUUUGUUCCACGGGACGAGAUGCCUGUGGGUACUGCGUAGGGGAUGCUGCAGCACCUGAUAAGUUGCACCACAGCGCUGUUAAUGAACACGCGCGUUUUUUGUUGGAGCGCUUUUACAGCUUUCCUUCACAGCCAUGUAACCGCAGGUACCUUAUGCUCUAGGACGAGCCCGACAGCGGAGAUUCCCCCUCCGCUGCCAACCCGAGUCCCGCGCGGCCUCACACCCGGCCUGCGGCCGCAGGGGCCGCUCGCCCCGAAGGGCUCCGCUCUGUUCUCAGCCCUCUUCCCAUUAAACGUUGCCUGGAACCCA